AUGUACGGCUCUCAAAAUAGACUUCCAACAAUGAGUCGGAGGACUAAUUCUCGACCAGACCUGACAAGCGGCACUCAGGUCGUCGUCGGUGGAAACGGCUAUCAACAGGAAUAUGGAGACGGAUACACCUAUUCACAAACUUUCUCCAAAAAGUCCAUGGGGGGAGGUGGUGGAGGUGGAGGUGGUGGGGGCUACGGAGGGGGAGCAAGGUAUGUGCACCUUGCAUGCAGAAUUAGGCUAAAGGUAGAUUAAGAACAGGAAAAAGUUGGACCAAUAGUUAAUGAUUAGUUUACUGUGAAUCUGUUGAAUACAUCCAUUGUAGAUAGACAGUGGGGAAAAAAUCUAACUUUGUUUUGUCAAAUACAUAAAUCCAACAUUGUAUAAGCAUUUUUAAUCAUAGUGAAUUCAGUAGUUAUCCCCGAUCAGAAGUCGAACCGGGGUCCAGCAACUGUCUAGCCAACACCUUGACGGUUACGCCAAGAGGUCCGAACUUCUUAUUUAAGUGGCUAGGUGUUUUGUUGACAGUCGUUGGAGUAGGGUUCGCGUCCCGGAUGUGGCGCCCCUUGAGCAGAGAUGGGCUGUAUUUCUGUUGCAUGUAUUUGAAAUAUGUAUUUCAAUUACUUCUGAGUAUUUUGUAAUUUGAAUUACAUUGGGCUGAACUACACUCUAAUGUAUUUUGUAACAAUAUAUUUUCGAGAGGUGUCUUUCGAGAGCGUCUGCUAAAUGAACUAAAUAAAAAAUUAUAUGUAAAAAUAAACAAUUCCAAAGCAUGCUUAGUAUUAUUCUAAUAAGCUUCGCGCUGAAACAAGGCCAAUAAUAAUACCCAGUGUGCUUUGCAGUUCAUUCAGGAAUGUUCAUUUUCACAUUUACAUUUAGGUCAUUUAGCAGACACUCUUAUCCAGCGUGACUUACAGUCAGUGUAUUCAACUAAGAUAGAUAAACAACAACAUAUCACAGUCACUGUCAACAUUUAUGUAAACUGUUACUGAGAAUGUUGUUGCUGUUCAGCCAGCUAUUUGCAAAUGUAUUUUUGUAUUCUAAAAUACAUAUUUUAAUUAAAUACAUUACAAAAUACAAGUAUCUUGUAGUUUAUUUUGAUACAUUGAUCUUAAUGGUAUUUUGUAAUAUUAUUAAAUACUCAAGAAACACACUGUUUAGACUUAAUUAAGAGAAAUCAGAUUCAAUUGAAAUUAGGCCUAUCUUUGAUUUUAGGAAUCACAUUAUUACAUUAUGAUUAGCAUUAUACAAAGUACUGUGUGUAUUGGGUAUAUUUUGUGAAAUUGUUAGAUAUUACUUGUUAGAUAUUACUGCACUGUCGGAGCUAGAAGCACAAGCAUUUCGCUACACCCGCAAUAACAUCUGCUAAACACGUGUAUGUGACUAAUAAAAAUAGAUUUGAUUUGUUUUACAUUACGUUUUAAAUGACAAAACUACACUCACAAUAGUGGUCAAUGCCCUGAUUCUAUACAGGGCUUCAAUAGCCUAGGCUACAUUAUCCAGAAUACAAUCACAGAUUACUCAACUCAACACAUAUUCUGGGUCAAAGCGGAUAGAUUUAGAUCCAUAUUGGGCUGUGUUCAAGAGUGAAAUGUGUUGGAAACUUUCAACACACUACACACACAUACCCCUUAACUUGAUCCUCCCCCAGAAAGUGAUGUCACCUAAUGAUGUCGCCUACCUUGUUGAUAUUGUUAAUAUUAGUAUAAUGCCGAUUUAAUGGAUGUUUUGUGUUACAAUAUUGCCAACUUUGAUGGUGUGUUCUUUUUUUUGGUCAUGUUUAGUGUGCAGAGCAUCCAACACAAAGCUUUCUUCCUGCAAAGCCAGUGUCAGGAGCACCUGCAGAGAGUACAGCAGAUUCUCCAGGCAGUAAGUACUCUACACAGGUCAAUUAUGGAUAGAAACACACAUGCACGUAUGGAUGCACAUACCCACACACAAACAUGUUUGGUUGUGGAAUAGCAGCAUUAAAAUGGGUUUAGCUUUAGCAUAAUAAUUGAUCUUUCACUUACAAAUAUAAAGUCAUAUUUUUGAUAUUGUCUUCAAUGUUUCUAUGUAAACAGGAGUUUUUUGCAAUGCUGUUUUUUCUGUGUUGAUGCAACAUUGGUAACAGCUGUGGUCUUCAGUUGUACUGAUAAUAUUGCACUCAUCUAGAAUUACUCUCCUGAAAAGGGCUCUUUGCCUUUUUGGCCAUGAAUAGUCCAUUAUUAUCUCUCCUUGCUGAAGUGUUUUCAGCCAUUAUUGGUCAUAUUGGUGUGGUCUUUUUGACCUUGUUGAUAGUGUCUUCCUGGUUGUCUUUUUGACAGUGUAGUGCAGCGUUUCCCAAACUCUGUCCUCAGGACCCCAAGGGGUGCACGUUUAGUUUUUUGCCCUAACUACACAGCUGAUUCAAAUGAUCAAAGCUUGAUGAUUAGUUGAUUAUUUGGAUCAGCCGUGUAGUGCUAGGGCAAAAAACAAAACGUGCACCCCUUGGGGUCCCGAGGGCCGAGUUUGGGAAACUCUGGUGUAGUGUGUACCACAGUAGGCGGUGGCACCUUAAUUGGGGAGAACGGGCUCGUGGUAAUGGCUGGAGCAGAAUAAGUGGAAUGAUGUCAAAUACAUCAAACACAAGGUUUCCUGGCUGUUUUGGUGUGUUGACCAUGUUGACAUAGUAAAUUACUGGGCAGUCUUGUGGACAGUGUGGAUGUGUUGACAGUACUGUGUUGACUGUACAGUGGAGGAAAAAGUAUUUAGUCAGCCACCAAUUGUGCAAGUUCUCCCACUUAAAAAGAUGAAAGAGGCCUGUAAUUUUCAUCAUAGGUACACGUCAACUAUGACAGACAAAUUGAGGAAAACAAAUCCAGAAAAUCACAUUGUAGGAUUUUUAAUGAAUUUAUUUGCAAAUUAUGGUGGAAAAUAAGUAUUUGGUCACCUACAAACAAGCAAGAUUUCUGGCUCUCACAGACCUGUAACUUCUUCUUUAAGAGGCUCCUCUGUCCUCCACUUGUUACCUGUAUUAAUGGCAACUUGUUGAACAUUGAUAAUCUCCCUCGAUCUGGGGCUCCACGCAAGAUCUCACCCCGUGGGGUCAAAAUGAUCACAAGAACGGUGAGCAAAAAUCCCAGAACCACACGGGGGGACCUAGUGAAUGACCUGCAGAGAGCUGGGACCAAAGUAACAAAGCCUACCAUCAGUAAAACACUACGCCGCCAGGGACUCAAAUCCUGCAGUGCCAGACGUGUCCCCCUGCUUAAGUCAGUACAUGUCCAGGCCCGUCUGAAGUUUGCUAGAGUGCAUUUGGAUGAUCCAGAAGAGGAUUGGGAGAAUGUCAUAUGGUCAGAUGAAACCAAAAUAGAACUUUUUGGUAAAAACUCAACUUGUCGUGUUUGGAGGACAAAGAAUGCUGAGUUGCAUCCAAAGAACACCAUACCUACUGUGAAGCAUGGGGUUGGAAACAUCAUGCUUUGGGGCUGUUUUUCUGCAAAGGGACCAGGACGACUGAUCCGUGUAAAGGAAAGAAUGAAUGGGGCCAUGUAUCGUGAGAUUUUGAGUGAAAACCUCCUUCCAUCAGCAAGGGCAUUGAAGAUGAAACGUGGCUGGGUCUUUCAGCAUGAGAAUGAUCCCAAACACACCGCCCGGGCAACGAAGGAGUGGCUUCGUAAGAAGCAUUUCAAGGUCCUGGAGUGGCCUAGCCAGUCUCCAGAUCUCAACCCCAUAGAAAAUAUUUGGAGGGAGUUGAAAGUCCGUGUUAACCAGCAACAGCCCCAAAACAUCACUGCUCUAGAGGAGAUCUGCAUGGAGGAAUGGGCCAAAAUACCAGCAACAGUGUGUGAAAACCUUGUGAAGACUUACAGAAAAUGUUUGACCUGUGUCAUUGCCAACAAAGGGUAUAUAACAAAGUAUUGAGAAACUUUUGUUAUUGACCAAAUACUUAUUUUCCACCAUAAUUUGCAAAUAAAUUCAUAAAAAAUCCUACAAUGUGAUUUUCUGGAUUUUUUUUCUCAUUUUGUCUGUCAUAGUUGACGUGUACCUAUGAUGAAAAUUACAGGCCUCUCUCAUCUUUUUAAGUGGGAGAACUUGCACAAUUGGUGGCGGACUAAAUACUUUUUUCCCCCACUGUAUGUGUGUAUUGUUGUACUGACCAUAUGAUUGUCCUCCCCCAGGGUGGUCCAGUGGUGGAGGUGGACAAGCUCAUGAGUAUGUCCUCUGAGGCUAUAGAGCAGCUGAAGGGAUGUGCCAUGGAGCUGCAGCACAUGAAACAACCCAAUGACAACAUCAUCCAGAGGUAAGGACAAGUGUCUGUGAGAGAGAGAAAGAGAUGAGAGAGAGAGAAAGAGAGAGGUAGUGAGAGUGUACUCGUGUGUGUGAAAGAGAGAGAGAGUGUGUGUUUGAUACAUUAAUUUGCAUAUUUGUUUGCAUUUACAUUUGUGGUCAAAAACAGAUGGGACGAAUCCACUCUUAUCUUUCAUGUCUGACAUUUGCUGUCUCACCCUCCCUACAGCAUACAGCAUCUCCAGAACAUGCAGAGUGGGAUCACCUCCUCCAUCAGUGGCUCGACCCAGAGGAAGAGCAGGGGCAGCAUUGGCUGGGAGGAGAGGGGGAGGUCCUACACUGAUGCCAUGUCUUGGAUCGGCCAACAGAAGGUAUUAUAGCAAUAAAACCUGCAUCAUUUAUCUACCGAUUCCCCCUCAAGGUGAUUGCAGAGGGUGAAAUAGGUGACUGCAUCACUCUGGAACUUACCCCCUAGACAAUAUGCCAUCCUUCUCUCAAAUCUCCAAACCGGUUUAGAGCAGUAGGAUAGAUAGUGUGAGAGUGUGUGUGUGUGCAGGGAGGUUGGAGCAUGACACCAAUCGUAUCGCAGAUUCUGGCCUGCUGAAACUCAAACCACCAAGAUGCGAAAACAUAAGCUGCUCAGAAAGAGAGAGAGAGAGAGAGAGAGAGAGAGAGAGAGAGAGAGAGUGAAAGUGAAAGGGGGCGGAGGGUUCAGAGAGAGAGAAAGAGUGAUGAAAGAGAAACAACAAACAAGGGGUAGAGAACACAUAGCAGAGAGAGAGAGAGAUUGAGCAAUAGAGAGUGAAAGAAGGGCAAAAGGAGAAUAGGAAUGUGAAAUCUGACACUCACUACUGACUGACGGUGACUGUUAGACUGAUGACUUGCAUGCCUAUGAAAACACGCCUUGCUUCCAACUGAUCUGCUCACUCACACACACCACUCCCUACCACUCCCUCUUCCUCUCUCUCACCCCUUACCUAUCAUUAUCUCACCACUGAUCAUCCCUUGUUCUCAGAUGUUUUUCUUUCCCGGAUGUUUGUCUUUCUGAUUUUGUCACUGCAUGUUGUGUUGUGUACAUUCUCUCUUUCUCUUUAGCAAGUCAAGUGGAUAAAAGUAUUGGCAACAGUAAAACGGCAACAAUAAAAAGUUUCCCUACUUGCCCUCUCUCUCUCUCUCUCCCUCAUGACCCUAUUUGAGCCGUCACAUGCCCUCUCUCCCCACCCACAUAUCCCUCUCCUACCUCUUUAUUCACUGCGACAGUGUAGCUCACCAAAUAGACAUUUGUGCAUACAACUUACAAACAUAAAUGCAUAAAAAAGGGUGGGGGAAGAAAACAAGGAAGGAGAGAGAGAAAAGAGAGAAGAGAAAGGGAGAGUGCAGCUCAGUAGAAACUGGCUGGGGGUGGUUGGGUGGCUGGGGUGGGGGUGGUUGGCCACCCAACCACCCCAGCUAGUUUUGACUGAGCACAGCACUCACCCUUUUUCUUAUCAAAGAUGAGUGGAGUGGAGUGAACUCUCUACAGGGGGAAUAGAUGGAAUAGUUUCCUGCUGAUGACAGACACACUGACAGUGGGAACAGUUAAUGAUUGUUUACUUCCAUCUAGAGGAUAGAGUUAGGAAAUACAUUUAUCGAAGGUUCCAUACAAACAGAUGUGUUUCAGUAGCACUUUGUCACUGUCCUACAACUGAUAUGGAAAUAUUCAAAAGAAUUGCUAACUAAAUUACACCAAAUUUUACCUUUUGUAAUGAAUCCUGAAGCCGAGAGGUUGUUAUUCAGUAAUAAUAAUGUAAUUAAGCUUUUGGUGACAUGAUGUUUCGCAGUGUCGUUGAGGUAAAGGAAGCUGUAUCUCUCCUGUGUGUCUGUCUGUAUGCAGCGUCUGAUCGAGACGUCGCCAUGGGGUGAGGAUGCAGCCUCCAUCGAGCAACAGAUCCUGAGCCAGAACAAGUUCCACAGCUCUAUACAGAGGAGCCAAGAGGUGGAUCGUGCCAGAGAUGAACUGGUACGUAUUGUAGAGUUGACUGUAACUAGGGCCCAUAGUUCCCCCUGGUCAGGUCACAUAGUUGUGUAAAACGUCUGACCCUACUGAUCGUCUGUGUCUUUACUCAGGCCCAAAUUGAUGACAAGGGUGGCUUCCAUUCCCUGCAACAAGAAUGGGACAGUCUUCAGGUAUGAGUCCAUAUUAACAACAAACAAUUGAACAAAAUCAAAUGAUUUGAUCAUUCAUUUCUUCAGAGUUAUGAUUAGUGUAUUAUCAUUGAGCUCUUCUCCUCUGUCAGAAAAUGUCAUUUGCUCGUACGGGCCAGCUAAGAGAACUGCAGAACAUAAUCGAGGAGAUCUCCAGGGCCAUCAUGUGGGUCAACGAGAGAGAGGAGGAGGAGCUGGUGUUCAACUGGGGAGACAAUAACAUUGAUGACUACAUCCCCAAGAAACAGGAAAGCUACUCUGUAAGGCUUUACACUGACAUGAUAUCUAUUCAGUACACUCAUUAGUCUCAUGUUACACUUCCUAGUCUCGUUUUCACUUCGCUAUUUACAAACUAACAUGAGAGCAAUGGAUAUCAAAGUCCAUGCACUGGUAACCAUGAGUAGAUCCACCUAGAUACCUAUACUGUAGUAGCCAUUUUGAAGGUCCGCUCACUGUCUCUCUUUCCAGAAACUGAUGAGUGCCCUGGAGGUAAAGGAGAAAGAGCUGAACAAACUGAAGCAGAAAGUAGAUGGCCUCCUGAAGAACAAUCACCCAGCCUCAGACAAGAUCGAGGUGAGAGUCACUUUACCCUUAGCUAGGGUUGAACAUUUCCCCAACUUUGCCAAAACCUGCAGGGUUUCUAGAAAUUCCGAUUGGAAGAUUCCUGGAAUCAGGAGGGAAUAAGCAGGAAAACCAGGGAAUGUUACCGGAAUUUUGCAACCCUACCCUUAGCUUCCCAUAAGCAGUGAAGUGGAAACAUGAGUUUGUUCUACACUAUUUAUGGAGGUGCUGCUAGCUAAAAGGUGCUGUUUGUUUAUUCCCAAGGCCUACAUGGACACUCUGCAGACCCAGUGGAGCUGGCUGCUCCAGAUCACCAAGUGUAUUCAUGUCCACCUGAAGGAGAACGCUGCCUACAGUCAGGUGAACACACACGUGUAUAUACUUCCAUAAACACAUACACGUGUAUAUACUUCCAUAAACACACAGACGUGUGCACAGACAUGCAUGCACAGACACACAGACUUAACAAAGAGCUGCAGUUAGUUUCAGAAUGGGUGGCAGGGAAUAAGCUAGUCCUAAAUAUUUCUAAAACUAAAAGCAUUGUAUUUGGGACACAUAAUUUACUAAACCCUAAACCUCAACUAAAUCUUGUAAUGAAUAAUGUGGAAAUUGAGCAAGUUGAGGAGACUAAAUUGCUUGGAGUAACCCUGGAUUGUAAACUGUCAUGGUCAAAACAUAUUGAUACAACAGUAGCUAGGAUGGGGAGAAGUCUGUCCAUAAUAAAGCGCUGCUCUGCAUUCUUAACAGCACUAUUAACAAGGCAGGUCCUACAGGCCCUAGUUUUGUUGCACCUGGACUACUGUUCAGUCGUGUGGUCAGGUGCCACAAAGAGGGACUUAGGAAAAUUGCAAUAGGCUCAGAACAGGGCAGCACGGCUGGCCAUUGGAUGUACACAGAGAGCUAACAUUAAUAAUAUGCAUGUCAAUCUCUCCUGGCUCAAAGUGGAGGAGAGAUUGACUUCAUCACUACUUGUAUUUGUGAGAGAUAUUGACAUGUUGAAUGAACCGAGCUGUCUGUUUGAACUACUGGCACACAGCUCGGACACCCAUGCAUACCCCACAAGACAUGCCACCAGAGGUCUCUUCACAGUCCCCAAGUCCAGAACAGACUAUGGGAGGUGCACAGUACUACAUAGAGCCAUGACUACAUGGAACUCUAUUCCACAUCAAGUAACUCAUGCCAGCAGUAAAAUUAGAUUUAAAAAACAGAUAAAAACACCUUAUGGAACAGCGGGGACUGUAAAGCAACACAAACAUAGACACAUGCAUACAAACACACGAUAACAUACACACUAUACACACAUGUACACAUGGAUUUUGUGUUAUAGAUAUGUGGUAGUAGAGUAGAGGCCUGAGGGCACACACUUAAAAUGUUGUGAAAUCUGUUAUGAAUGUAGUAUUGUAAUGUUUUUAAAAUGUAUAACUGCCUUAAUUUUGCUGGACCCCAGCUAAUGGGGAUCCAUAAUAAAUACAAAUACAAAUACAGACACACACACACACACACACACGAGGGAUCCUGCUUAAAAGCUACCAUAGGUAAUUUUUUACUAAACUUCCCUCUCCACUUCAGUUCUUCAAGGAGGCCAAUGAGACCUACAGCAAGCUGCAGAAGGAACAUGAGAACAUCCGUAAGAAGUUCACCUGUGAUAAAGGAACACCUCUGGAGAACCUCACUGAGCUCCUCAAGAACCUUGAGGUACCUAAAGCUGAAUGACAUCUGGGAAUGUUUCGAUGGGAUCUCUCCCACAACUAUCAUAUUAUACAUUUUACAUUUUAGUCAUUUAGCAGACGCUCUUAUCCAGAGCGACUUACAGUUUAGUGAGUGCAUACAUUUUUCAUACAAAUAGUUGACAUGAGCAUGAUGGACAUGAAGUGAGCAUUUUUGCUGUAUAUUAGAUAACCCUCCUUACUACUCAUACAGAUGCCGGAUCUUAAUUUGAUCACCCUGUUGCAGGAUAACUUACCUGCAAUGCAGAAAAUGUAAAACUUGCUGUGUAUUUGAGGUUUGAAAGGCUUCUGAAGUUUGUAAUUUCCACUUUGAAAUUUCAGACUUGAUUUUUCCUUAAUUUUCUUAAGGAAAAAUCAAGUCUGAAAUUUCAAAGUGGAAAUUACAACCUUCAGAAGCCUUUUUAAUCCUCAAAUACACUGCACAUUUUACAUUUCCUGUAAAACAUGGCCAUUAAUUAUAAUCCACAUAAUAAUUCACAUUUCCUGUUGCUGCAGGAUUAUUUUCCUGCUGUUGCAAACUGGCUCAAAUUAAGAUCCUAUAUUUGUGUGUUGUUGAGGGUAACUCCUUCCCCCAUAUGUUAGCAUGGCAAACCGGUCUGGCUUGUUUAAAGAAAUUGGCAUGUGCACAACAGAAUCCAUAUGACAGGACAGAAUGCAUAUGACAUACGGGUAUAUUACAAUUGUUUAGGGUGGUUCAUGUAUGCCAAGACAUGAUUGAUAUGUAACUGAAAUAUUGUUGGUGAGAAAGUUGUAAAUAUAAAAAAUAGGUUGGAAUUAUUUAAAUGGGAGAACUAGUGGCUUUAGGGAUAACUAUAGGACUAUUGGACCUGUUUCCGUGACCUUUAUAUGACCUGUGUGUUUGUCCCCAGAGAGAGAAGGAGAUGAUCAUGGAGAAUAAGAGGCAGGUCAAACACCUGGUCAACAAGUCCAAGAGCAUCGUGAGGCUGAGACCACGUAACCCUGAGGAGAAGAGUAGUAGUCCUAGUCCUGUUAUAGUACAGGCCCUGUGUGACUUCAAGCAAGACCAGGUCAGACACACACACACAGAGACCAGGUCAGACACACACACACAGAGAUAAGAAAAAACACACAUUCUAAAUUGUUAUCCCAUGAUCUUACGUAGCAUAUACACAUUCUCACAAUGCUUGUAUACUACCACUACCACACCCAACACACACGUACAAUAUUUGCAGAGAAGAACUGGCACAGUAGUAAGUUUACACUGUUUUGCAUGUGUUCUGUGUGUCCUACAGAAAGGGAUCUUCAAGGGGGACGAGGGCAUCUUGAAGGACAACUCACAGCGCAGUAAGUGGCAAGUGACGGGUCCUGGAGGUCUGGACAUGCUGAUCCCCUCUGUGUGCCUCCUCAUCCCCCCUCCCAACCACCUCAGCAUCGGACUGGCCAGCAAGUAAGACCCCCUCAACAUCCACGCUGUCUGGCUCUCUGACAUUACUGCCAUUUCAAUAACUCUGCCAUAAAAAUGACAUUACAUUACAUAUUAAAAGCUCAUAAAGCUUCAUAAAAGAGAAUUAAAUCUGGUGUCAGAAUAAAUCAACUGACUUACAUUUUACAUUUUACAUUUUAGUCAUUUAGCAGACGCUCUUAUCCAGAGCGACUUACAGGAGCAAUUAGGGUUAAGUGCCUUGCUCAAGGGCACAUCAACAGAUUUUUCACCUAGUCGGCUCGGGGAUUAGAACCAGCGACCUUUCGGUUACUGGCACAACGCUCAUACUAUUAUGACACCAACAGAUAAUUGAUUAGUAACUGAUCCUAUGUUGUGUAUUGCAGGAAUGAGCAGUACUACGAGGCCAUCAUGGGCAUCUGGAAUCAGCUCUACAUCAACAUCAAGAGCCUCAUCUCCUGGCAGUACUGUGUUAAAGACAUCAACCACAUUAACUCUCUCACCCUCACCAUGGUAAGGCUUUACACAAGACUACCACUUACACAGCAGCCUGCAUCUGCUAGAUGUACAACACAGCAUCUGUCCCAUAAAACAAUAGUACUGUACUCACAAUAUAAACAGGAAACAAAGUUAUAUUAACUUGUGUUUUAGAAAUGUCAAGUGAUGGUCUUAUUUAGACAUUAUUGUUUAACUCUAACAUCUCAAUAUAUUUCUAUCCACAACAAGAAGUAAGUACACUGCUCAAAAAAAUAAAGGGAACACUUAAACAACACAAUGUAACUCCAAGUCAAUCACACUUCUGUGAAAUCAAACUGUCCACUUAGGAAGCAACACUGAUUGACAAUAAAUGUCACAUGCUGUUGUGCAAAUGGAAUAGACAACAGGUGGAAAUUAUAGGCAAUUAGCAAGACACCCCCAAUAAAGGACUGGUUUUGCAGGUGGUGACCACAGACCACUUCUCAGUUCCUAUGCUUCCUGGCUGAUGUCUUGGUCACUUUUGAAUGCUGGCGGUGCUUUCACUCUAGUGGUAGCAUGAGACGGAGUCUACAACCCACACAAGUGGCUCAGGUAGUGCAGCUCAUCCAGGAUGGCACAUCAAUGCGAGCUGUGGCAAUAAGGUUUGCUGUGUCUGUCAGCGUAGUGUCCAGAGCAUGGAGGCGCUACCAGGAGACAGGCCAGUACAUCAGGAGACGUGGAUGAGGCCGUAGGAGGGCAACAACCCAGCAGCAAGACUGCUACCUCCGCCUUUGUGCAAGGAGGAGCAGAAGGAGCACUGCCAGAGCCCUGCAAAAUGACCUCCAGCAGGCCACAAAUGUGCAUGUGUCUGCUCAAACGGUCAGAAACAGACUCAAUGAGGGUGGUAUGAGGGCCCGACGUCCACAGGUGGGGGUUGUGCUUACAGCCCAACACCGUGCAGGACGUUUGGUAUUUGCCAGAGAACACCAAGAUUGGCAAAUUCGCCACUGGCGCCCUGUGCUCUUCACAGAUGAAAGCAGGUUCACACUGAGCACAUGUGACAGACGUGACAGAGUCUGGAGAUGCCGUGGAGAAUGUUCUGCUGCCUGCAACAUCCUCCAGCAUGACCGGUUUGGCGGUGGGUCAGUCAUGGUGUGGGGUGGCAUUUCUUUGGGGGGUCGCACAGCCCUCCAUGUGCUCGCCAGAGGUAGCCUGACUGCCAUUAGGUACCGAGAUGAGAUCCUCAGACCCCUUGUGAGACCAUAUGCUGGUGCGGUUGGCCCUGGGUUCCUCCUAAUGCAAGACAAUGCUAGACCUCAUGUGGCUGGAGUGUGUCAGCAGUUCCUGCAAGAGGAAGGCAUUGAUGCUAUGGACUGGCCCGCCCGUUCCCCAGACCUGAAUCCAAUUGAGCACAUCUGGGACAUCAUGUCUCGCUCCAUCCACCAACGCCACGUUGCACCACAGACUGUCCAGGAGUUGGCGGAUGCUUUAGUCCAGGUCUGGGAGACCAUCCGCCACCUCAUCAGGAGCAUGCCAAGGCGUUGUAGGGAGGUCAUACAGGCACGUGGAGGCCACACACACUGCUGAGCCUCAUUUUGACUUGUUUUAAGGACAUUACAUCAAAGUUGGAUCAGCCUGUAGUGUGGUUUUCCACUUUAAUUUUGAGGGUGACUCCAAAUCCAGACCUGCAUGGGUUGAUAAAUUUGAUUUCCAUUGAUAAUUGUUGUGUGAUUUUGUUUUCAGCACAUUCAACUAUGUAAAGAAAAAAGUAUUUAAUAAGAUUAUUUCAUUCAUUCAGAUCUAGGAUGUGUUGUUUAAGUGUUCCCUUUAUUUUUUUGAGCAGUGUAUAUAUUAAAUGAGCGCUCUUUAAGAGUAGUCCUCUUAGCCCACUGUUGUUGUAAAUUUCACUCUUCCUUCCUCUCUGUCACUCUCUCUCCUAGCUGUCCCAGAUGCGUCCUGAGGAGUACCGUAACAUCAUAAAGAGUCUGGAGACUCACUACCAGGAGUUCCUCCGCAACAGCCAUGGCUCCGAGAUGUUUGGAGAGGAUGACAAGAAGAAGAUGGAGGGCCAGUAUACUGGAGCCCAGACCCACUACGACACACUGGUCAUAGGGCUGCCUACAUUCAGUGAGUCCUAGGGCGCCUAGUCUACCCAGUGGAGCUUCUUAGAUGGCUUAACGCCUUCCCUGUCUACACUGCAAGCUACAUCAGUUCAAAAUAAUUAGUAGAGUCAGGGAGGUUAAGAUAAUUAAUUUAAUCAUUUAAAUUGGACACUGUGACCCCAAUUGCUACAGAUGUUUGCCAAGAAAUCACUCAGAUUAUGUUGGAUAUAGGUUACUAUAUGAAUAUGUUAUGCUACUGAAUUCGAUGCCAGUGCACUAAAUUCAAAUUGGUUCCAUUUCAUUUCACAGAUCAAUCCAAGCAAGAGGUGGUCAAGCCCAUCAAGGCGGAGACAACCAAGAUCACCAAGACCUCAGUGUCUAAGACCAGCACCUCCACCCAGGGCUCUACCCUGAGCCUGACCCUGCUCAGUGACCUCCACGCCCUCAGACGCAGGCUGGAGCUGGCCGAGUCCGACCUUAGCCACCACCUCCAUGUGCCCCUGGGGGAGAACAGUGUGCAGGAGUGCUCACAGCGCCUCCUAAAGCUGGAGGUAUGCAACUACAUCUACAACAGAGACAUUCAAUAGAGAAAAUGGGCCUGUGAAAACUUUUACAAACUUUGCAUUUCUUCCUCCUGUCUUUGAUGUAAUAUCUGAGAUAACAUGACUGGAUAGGCGUUAGCAAUGUAAGGGAACCUGUGUGGUCAAUCCUAUCCAAUUGUGUCUUUCUCUGAAUAAUCUUGAUAUCCUAAAUGCAACCUAUUCUACAUGAUGGACUAACCCUUGUUCCUGAUUCUCAGGGCAUACACCAUGAUCUGGAUGGGGUGCGUGAUGAGUACCUGAGGCUGAGGGAGAAUGUCCUCAGGCAGCUGGAAGGGACAGAAGCAGACUCAGAGCAGGCCAAGUUCCUCAGGAAAGAGCUGGACCUCCUCAACCAGAAACUGGGAGAUCUGCAGGGGCUAUCCUCUGCCUACCUCCAGAGGUACUGCUCUUGCAGAAGCUUCUACCGUCUAGUCUUCUUCCUAUGUUAAGAAAUGGUAGCGAAAACGAACUGGUUAGCAUGUGUUUAUUGAGGGUACGUGUCACCUCUGUGAAAUGGUUAUAGUUGGUUGUGGUGUUGUUUCACUGUUGAAAUGUAUUGUUUGUUGAGGUAGUGUUGUAACGUGUUGCGUGUGUGUCUGCUUUCCCUGUGUAGACUGUCAUAUCUGCGGAACUUGCUCCAGAGCCUCCUCCAGGCUGAGGAUGUCAUCAAGGUCCACGAGGCCCGUCUGACUGAGAAGGAGACCACCUCCCUGGAUCUCAAUGAGGUGGAGCACUACAUAUCCACCCUCAAGGUCAGACAGGCCAUCAAUCACCACUGCUGUCAAUUAAUAUAUUUUGAUCCAUGUUUAGUGUGUACAUUAUGCAGUGCUGUGACUGUUUGACUGUGAACGGCCUAAUAUAGAUAAAUAUAUGAUGCUUCUGGGUUGUUGUGUGGUCUGCUGCACAAUGGCUAUGUCAGUGAUGGCAUUGCAAAGGGAUGUGUAUUUCAACUAGAAGAGUGUCAGUGUUUUUCCUGAGGCUUGUCUGUCUGUCUGUCUGCCCCUACAGCAAAUGAAGUCUGACCUGGAACAUAAGAGAGACUUGCUGAAGGCCAUGGAGAGUGACCUGGCCAAUGCAGUGCAUGUGAACAGUCAGAUCUCAGGCUCCUUCCACAAGUGUGAUGUGGACCUGUCCAAGUACGCUGACCUGGUGGGUCAGAUGACUGACCGCUGGCGACGCAUCCAGACCCAGAUUGACAGCAGGUGAGGGCAUUUAGAUCUCUAAACAUACACUUCUCACAUACACUCUUACAAACUCUUCUAAACACACAUAGCAAAUUCUCCAGUGUUAAAUCAACACUGACAGUGUUCAAUUUAACACUGGCCCAGUGUCUAUACAGGUCCACACAUUUGAGUGUUAAAUUAACACUGUGCUUAGUCCUGACGCUGUUACACUUUGUCAGUGGUAGGUAAUUAACACUUUCAGUGUUAUGCAAUAACACCUUAUGUAGUAUUUUUAACACUAGGAAGUGUAUAUAGUUUGCACCAAUGGUGUUACGCAGUAACGCCUCAUAGUAUUUUUAACCAUCACACCAAGAUGUCUGUAUCUCUUGAAAAGGUCACUCAGUGUUGGGUUAAGGAUAUCAUUUAAUAUUUACUGGUCUUUAUUGCAACAUGCAAAAACUUUAAUAAACAUAACCAUAGACCACUGAAACUGUACAAUACUUCCACGGGUGGCUAAAAAUGAUGAAUUGAAAGCCACGCACCCACUAAGCCACGCCUCCAAUAUACUUUCCCAGUGUGCCUUGACUUUGAGUGAAUUGUAGCGUUGUUACCACCCAUGACUGUAUUUGUUAGUGAAAGAAACAUGGUUAUUGAAUUUGUAAAUUCUUUGUCCUGUGGACUUCACCAAAUGAGUUCUUACUGUAGGCAAAUUGUAUCAUAAAAAUGUAACUGUUUGUGACAAUAUCUUACACAUCAUAAGGCAUUACUUUGAAGGCCAUGUUUUACCCUAACACAGUGAUGUUAGGAACCUACUGGUUUACAGGCCACAUCUAGUGAUGUUACAUUUCAUACCGGAGCUCUGAGGCAUGCGUCGAAAUCGCUAAGCAGUUUACUUCGAAGCAGUGUGCCGAUGCUUGUAUCACUUUAUCAGAAGCAUGUGAUCAAUGACAUCCAAAGCUUCAUUUUGUCGAACAACCACCUGAUUGGUUUGGUAUUGGUUUCGGUAGAAGACAAAAUGGCUACCCUACCCUGCGCACACGCAAGUGCCACUAGAGUACUUCUGUAGCUCAGUUGGUAGAGCAUGGCGCUUGCAACGCCAGGGUUGUGGGUUUGAUUCCACGGGGGGCCAGUAUGAAAAAUUUAUGCAUUCACGAACUGUAAGUUGCUCUGGAUAAGAGCGUCUGCUAAAUGACUAAAAAAAUCAAAGCCUCGUGUAAUGAACCUAUAUUCGACAAAAUUGGCUGGAAACGCUCAGUGCUUCAGGAAGCCACAUCAGGCCUGCAAGUCACAUUAUGCUGGCUUGCAAAGUGAUAUAUAAUAACUAUUGGAAUCCAGACAGAGUUAGGACAACCAACAGUUAGACUUUUUAUUCACCCACAACCUGCAUUCAGAAUGACUGUCAGUGUUGGGAACAUUGAUAAAGGAGACUACCUAAACCAUUUAAACUGGAACAACUAUUUCAGUAACGGGUGCAAUAAAUCUAACUAACUGAUUGGGUUAGUUUAGAAAAAUGUAUGUUAUUUAUCUUUGUGUAGAAUAAGAUUAAUCAAUCAAUCAGUGUACAUGCAAAAACACAGAUAUUAAAAACAAUCCCCCAAAAAUCUAGCUGCAGUAGAGCAUGCUGGGAAAUAAGAUAAAGAUGGGUGUGGUUUUUAUGAAGGUAUGUUUUACUCUCCAUAGAGUAAAACGGUCUCAAUCAGACUCUCACACUCACCACUGGUUAUUAACACCAACACUGGGAUUAUUUUACACCACUUAGUGUUCAUUUCACUCCUAGAGAGUUAAUUGAACUCCUGAAUCAACACUAGAAAUGUUACACUGAAAAUGCAACACUAGGUAACACUGGCCAAUUUGCUGUGCAUGAAAUCACUCUCAUAUCCAGUUCUGAUGUUUCAUAAUAACUGCUUCUAUGCACUAGUAGGGGAUCCAUCACACUCAGCCUCCUUGCAUUCCAUAGUCUUAUUUUUGCUGGUAGUCAGCAACUCAAUUGACCAUGGGACUAUCUCUCCUUUUUCUUCUCCCUCUCUCUCUCCCUCCCUCCUUUUCUCUUUUCUCCAUCCCUCUCUAAUAAGAGUGUGGGACCUGGAAAAGCAAGAGAAACAGCUAAGACAUUUCCAGCAGAGCAGUGGAGUGGUAGACCAGUGGAUAGACAAUGCUAGACAGCGCCAGGACACCCUGCAGGCAGCCAAGUUCAGCGACAUCCAGGCCCUCAUGGAGCACCUCAACCAACAGAAGGUAGGACACUGCACAGCCAUCCCAACAAUAUUUCCCAAAAUGAUGUAGUACAAUUCUGUACAGUACAGAGACUGACUGGUUGUUUCAGGUAUGAUUGAUAGAUUUGAAUGCACUCAUGUUUGAUGGACAGGUGCUGCAUAGUGAGAUCAAAGGGAAGAAGGAGAAGGUGGAGGAUGUACAGAAGGAUGCGGACACCUGUGCUGCCUCCAUCAAGGUGAAUGUCAUGCUUUCACAACCUCUCUCAACACCUUGAAUUUGGUUGUCACUAAAAGUAUCUUACCAGUUUGCAUAUCACAUCGCCAACUAAAACCGUAUCAUACUGUAGCAUGUAAAAUAAAAUACAAAUAAAUACUUGUGUUCAUACAUGGUUCUACUCCAUUCCAGGACUAUGAGCUGCAGCUGGCCUCCUACAGUGCUGGACUGGAGACCCUGCUGAACUUUCCCAUUAAGAAAACCAUGCUCCAGUCCCCUGCCACUGUGGUCAGAGAAAAGGUAAUGAACCAGCCUGUCCAACAGGGGGCAGUAGACAGUGUUAUAAAGACGUCAGGGCCGUAUUGAUCAAGUGUCUCAGAGUAGGAUCAGUUUAGCUUUUUAGAGCAAAGUUAAUAUGAUUAUGUGGGGGGGAGGGGGCUUUCAAAUGAGCCCUGUAAUUACAAAGAUGCACAUCUAAUACAAAUAUGAAAUGCAAAACAGGAAUACAAAACACUAUCAUCAUAGAAAACAAACACAUUCUUCAUCACCCUGGUAAUCACCCUGGUAAUGUGGGUAAACGAGUUCAUGAAGCCUGAGGUGGCAUAAUGCCAGUCAUAAUGCCCUAUAGGUAUUACAGUGAUGUUAAUCCCAGUGUGGUAAUCCUUGUGUUUUGGAUUGAUUUGCUAUUUGGCUCUAUUAAAAAUUAAACCAUAAAUGCUGGCAAAUAACCUUUUCAAUUAACAUUAUCGUACACUCUUAGAAAAAAUGUGCUAUCUAGAACCUAAAAGGGUUCUUCGGCUGUCCUCAUAGGAGAACCCUUUGAAUAACCUUUUUUUGUUCCAGGUAGAACCCUUUUGGUUCCAGGUAGAUCCUUUUAGGGUUCAAUGUAAAACCCUUUCCACAGAGGGUUCUACAUGGAACCCAAAAGGGUUCUACCUGGAACCAAAACAGGUUCUACCUGGAACCAAAAAGAGUGUUCCUAUGGGGACAGUCGAAGAACCCUUUUGGAACCCUUUUUUCUAAGAGUGUAGCUAGUGGUUGCUCUAUUAUUAUUUUUUACACACAUUUAAAAGCUUAUGGCUGCUUGUUUAUCUAUUAACUUUAUCUGUAACCCCACUAGGCAACUGACCUCCAGUCUCGCUACAUAGAGCUCCUGACCCGCUCCAGUGACUAUUACAAGUUCCUGGGGGAGAUGCUGAAGAACAUGGAGGAACUGAAGGUAAGGGCGUAGUGGCAGAAUCGUAAAAAUAAUGAGUUUGCGAUAUGUAGCACAUGAGUUUCCUUUAAAUAAGACUAUAUAUGAUCAAUUUCUGGAAGUGAUAUGACUUUCCUUGGUUAUGAUUGAGUUAGGGUAAUCUGAUUCUAGAUCCUAGUUUUUAAGGGCAACUACUUUUCAUUGCAACUAUUAUCUCAUUGCAACUCUUCUAUUUCCCCCCCUCAGAUAAGGAACACCAAGAUCGAGCUUCUGGAGGAGGAGCUGAUACGUCUGAAGGAGAACAUCCAGGACCGCAGCCAGAAGAACCGUUCCUUAGAGGAUGCCCUGUCCCGCUACAAGCUGGAGCUCUCACAGUCUAAAGAACAGCUCAUCUCCAUGGAGGAGGUGAAGAGGACCACAGCCAUGCAGGCCAAUGUGGCCAGGGAGAGCCUGGGCACCACCAGCAGCCAGCUGAUUGAGCUCAAUGAUAAGCUGACCCGCCUCACCUACCAGCUGGAUGAGGAGAAGAGGAAGAGGAGGCUGGCCGAGGAGCGCUAUACCAGCCAGCAGGAAGAGUACGAGGCGGCCGUGCGCCGGCGCCAGAAGGAGCUGGACGAGGUCAACUGGUCCAAGAUCGACUUGGAGAAAGUGGUGAAGGACAAGGAGCGCGAGCUGGAGAGGCUCAGGAUGCAGCUGGAAGAGGAGGCCACGAGGAGGCGCGGUGCGGAGCAGGAUAUCUCUAAGGUAAGAACCCAGUGCAACCAGGAGAUGAGUAACCUUAAGCAAAGCUAUGAGUCGGAGAUACACGUCACCAAGACCACCAUCCUCAAGGCUUCUCAGCAGAAACAAGAUGACACGGCCGAGCUCAAACUGCAGUGUGAAAGACUAGAAGCAGAUAAGAGGGAUCUUGAAGAGGAGCUGAGGAGGUUGAGACUAUCUGUGACUCAGACUGAGGAGAUGUGGAGGAGGUCAGAGGAGGAGGCCCACCAGCAGAGGUCUAUGGGGACGGAGGAGUCGAGGAGGAGGAGAGAGCUGGAAAUACAGCUCCAGACCCUGGUCACCCAGAGAGGAGAAGAGGAGCUGAGGCAGAAAGAGGCGCUGGCCAAGGCCACCAGGAGCAGCCAGGAAAAGAGCAGGCAGAUCAGCCUGCUCACAUACAACCUGGAAGAAGAGGGAAAGAGGCGGAGUGCCCUGGAGAUAGAGGUCAACAAGCUGAGGCAGUCCUACACUGAGCUGCAGACCAGUAACAUCACCUCUUGGGAGGUCAUCAACAAGCUCAACAUUUCAGAACAGGAGAUCCACCUGGUCCGAGUGGAGCUCGAAAAGCAGACCAACGAGAGGAACAAGGCUGAGACGACUGCCGCCAGGCUGCAGAGCCGCAUCCGGGACGUGCAGGCCACAGUGGACAGUCUGGAAGCGGAGCUGGAGAAGCAGAAGAGAAUCACCCAGGAUGAGUUCACCUGCAGGAAGAGGAUAGAGUCUGAGCUGGAGAAGAUGACCCAGACCUGCAGAGAACACACCUCCACCAUCAACACCCUCCGGGCCAGGCAGGAAGAGGUGUCCACCUCAGGAAGGAAGUAUGAGCAGGAGCUCCGGGCUCUCCAGGAGGCUCUGGACAAGAGCCUGCGAGUGCACACAGCUACCACGGAUCGCCUGAGUCAGGUAUCCGCAGAGCUAAAGGCACUUGAACAGCAGCUCCUCCAGGAGCAGGUGAAGGUCCGUGAGGUCAAUCUCCGCAACGAGAGCCUCUACAAAACCAUUGAGGAGAAGGGCCGGCUGCUCAAUGAUGCCACCGCAGAAAUCGAGAAACUCCAGAGCCUGACCCAGAAGCUGACCAAGGAGAGGCUGACGCUGGAGGAGGAAAUUAGAGGAGUAAAGCAGGAGAAAGAGCAACUGAAACUUGACAGAGAUAGUAUGGAUGGAGAGCGCACAUCCCAGAUCUCUUCCCUGCAUGCCCAGCUCCAGAGCAGCAGCAAGAUGAUACUGGAACUUCAAGCGCUCAUCAAGGACAUGACCAAGGAGAGGGAAAAGCUGAAGUCAGAUUUAGACAAAGUACAAAAGCAAUCAAUAGAGGUAUUUUGAUUGAUCUGCAGGGUCAACUCCAAAUAAUUCCAACUAAUUCCAACAUCUCUGCAUGAAUGAGUGGCACUGGGAGGUUCAAAUUAUUUACAUCAUUAAUUAAUGUUUUCUAUUGUUCUGGUUUUGUAAUUUCCCCAACUUUUGCAUAAGAAAAUGGCUUUGCUUUUGUUCAGUCAAAUAACAAUUUUAUUGUUGUUAACAAUUAAUAACUAUUACUCAACUAUAAGAUAUUCAUUCAUUAUUAAUAAUUCCUAAACAAACUGGCUAAAUUAUAUAAGUAUUUAAUCUAUAAUUUAAUAGUUUUCUCAGAGGACCAAUGUUCACCACCUGACUGCUUCCAUGGUUUGCACUGCACUCACUCACGAUAUCUACAGUAUAUUAUGGCUAUACAUUCACUGGUUGCUGGAUAUUUGUAUUAUCUGGGUCUCUGCUAACAAUAGUGUUCAUCUUUCUUCCCUCAAUAUUUUUACCAGAAGGGGAGAGGGUAACUUUUUUAAUGUGUAAUGAUUUAUACGGUCUUUAUCCAUACAGUUUUUUUUAAACAUGGGAGUGUGUUCACCAAUAUGUCUUAUUCUCCCUUUCCCUUCCAGACAUCCAUGAUGGUGCAGCAGUCUCAGAACCACUACACUGAGAUCUUGUCUGAGAGGGACACCCUUCUGAUCAAGCUGAAGCAGCUGGAACAGGACAAGACCCGCCAAGGCCGCUACGAAGAGGAACUGAACCGCAUCAAGGUCUCCCUGGAGACUGAGCUCCGCAACAAACAGCGUCUCCAGGAAGAAAGAGACAAGAUCCACAAGGACUUCACCUACUGGAAGAGCCAGUAUGAACUGAAGGAGGGGCAGAUGAGGCAGUGUGACUCAGACAAGGACAAGAUGGAGAGGGAGAGGCUCUCCCUGAAGAGCGAGUUGGAGCGUAUGAUGGUGGAGCUGAGGACCGUGGAGGAGAGGUAUAAGGGCAGGCUGCAGAACUCACAGAGGGAGGUGUCAGAUCUGGCCCUGAAGAGAGAUUCCCUGGAGACGGAGCUGAGGAGGCUGCAGCAGAGGCUUGACUCCAUGAGCAUCCAGACCCAGACGGACGAGAAAGUGGUCACUGUGGAUCCAUCCAAGCUGAUGUUCGAUGGGGUUCGCCGUAAGGUCACUGCCCACCAGCUGUGUGAUUGCGGCAUCAUCAGCAAGGCCACCCUGGAGCAGCUGCUGAAGGGAAAGAGGACCGUGGAGGAUGUGGCUGUGGACAUCCAGCUCAGCCUCAAGGGAACAGGCGUCAUUGCAGGGAUGGUCAGAGGUCCCCAGGGCAGGAUGUCUAUCACUGAAGCCAAGACCAAGAACCUAAUCAGCCAAGAGAGCGCCAUCAUGCUACUGGAGGCCCAAGCUGCCACCGGCCACAUCAUGGACCCCAAAUUCAACGAGAAGAUGUCAGUUGAUGCUGCCUGCUCCAGAGGGGUGGUGGACACAGAUGAUAGAGACACCCUGAUGACCGCUGAAGCAGCCGGCGCAGGCUUCAAAGACCCAUACACCGGCAAGCUGCUGUCCAUCGGACAGGCUCUAAAGCAGAACCGUCUGGACAAGGAGACAGCCCUCCGUUUGCUGCAGGCUCAGGAGUCCGUUGGCGGCAUCUUGGACCCCGUUCUCAGCGUAUUCCUGCCAAAAGACCUUGCGCUUGACCGCAACCUGAUCGAUGAGGACCUCUACAGGGCUCUGAACAAGAAACCUGCCUGCUAUCUGGACCCAAUUACUGAGGAGAAGAUCAGCUACAGUGAUCUGAGGCUGAAGUGUAGGAUGGAGCCCGCCUCUGGCCUGCUGCUCCUCCCAGUCCCAGAGAAGCCAAUGACCGUGCAGGGUCUCAGGGGAGAGGUGUCCGUCACAGAGCUGAUCAACUCCAACCUGCUGUCUGAGACCGAUGUGCAGAAGCUGAACCAGGGAAAGCUCAGCAGCAAGGAAAUUGAGGACAAGCUCAAGAACUACCUGCAUGGUUCUAACUGCAUCGCAGGGAUCUAUGAUGAGGCCAACAACAGGAUCAUGACCAUCUACCAGGCCAUGAAGGAAGGUCUACUCAGACGAGGAACCACCCUGGAACUUCUGGAAGCCCAGGCUGCCUCCGGCUUCGUGAUCGACCCUAUCAACAAUGUCUGUCUGAAUGUGGAGGAGGCCUGGAAGAGAGGCCUUGUGGGCAAAGAGUUCAAGGACAAGCUGAUGUCUGCAGAGAGAGCAGUAACUGGAUACAAAGACCCCCACACUGGCAAGACCAUCUCCCUCUUCCAAGCCAUCGAGAAGGAUCUGAUUGAGAAGGGCCAUGGGAUCAGGCUGCUAGAGGCUCAGAUCGCCAGUGGUGGCAUCAUCGACCCCAAGGAGAGCCACCGUAUCGAUGUAGACAUUGCCUACAAGAGAGGCUACUUCAACGAGGAAAUGAAUGAGAUCCUGUCCUACGAAGGAGAUGACACCAAGGGCUUCUUUGACCCCAACACCCAGGAGAACCUGACCUAUCUGCAGCUGAAGGAGAGGUGUAUCACCGACCCCAAGACUGGCCUGGUUCUUCUGCCUUUGAGGGACAAGAUCAAUCCUCAGCAGAAGGUUCAGCAGAGCAGCCAGAAGAACAUCCUCCGUAAGAGGAGGGUAGUGAUCGUAGACCCUGACACUGGAAUGGAGAUGACCGUGAGGGAAGCCUACCAUAAGGAACUCAUCGACUACGACACCUUUCUGGAUCUCUCAGAGCAGGAGUGUGAAUGGGAGGAGAUCACCAUCAGAGCUUCUGAUGGUUCAGGUCGUCUGGUGUUGGUGGACAGGAAGACAGGCACACAGUAUGACAUCCAGGACUACCUGGACCGCGGUAUCAUCGACCAGACCUCCCUGGAGCAGUAUCGCUUAGGAACCCUGACUCUGACCCAGUUCGCUGACCUCAUCACCAGCAAGAGCAGCCUGAGUGAGCUGUCAAUCACCGCCAGCAACAUGGAGGAUGUGGCCACCUGCACCACCCAGGCCUGCCCCUCUUCCCCCACCGUACGAAAGCGCUUCAACAGCAUAUCCAUCACCUUCUCCCCAACAGAGGAGUUUGACGAAGGGAGCCCAAUAGCAGCAAUCUUUGACACAGAGACAAUUGAGAAGAUCACCAUCCCGGAGGCUCUACGGAGAGGCAUAGUGGAUGCCAUUACAGCUCAGAAGCUUUUGGAGGCCCAGGCCUGUACUGGAGGCAUCAUCAACCCCACCAAUGGCCAGCGGCUUAACCUGCAGGAUGCCGUCCACCAAGGCAUCAUCGAUGAUGACAUGGCCACCAAGCUGAAGCCAGCCCAGAAAGCCUUCAUGGGCUUCGAGGAUGUGAAGACCAAGAGGAAGAUGUCUGCGGCCGAGGCCAUGAAGGAGAAAUGGCUGCCUUACGAGGCUGGCAUGAGGUUCAUGGAGUUCCAGUAUCUGACAGGAGGGCUUUUAGAACCCGGCAAGGGGCAGAAGACCAGCAUCGAGGAGGCCAUCCGGAGGGGCUGGCUGGAUGGGAGAGGAGCACAGAAGCUCCAGGACACGAGGAGCCAUACCAAGAACCUGACCUGCCCCAAGACCAAGCUGAAGAUUUCCUACAAGGAGGCCAUGGACAGCUGCAUGGUGGAGGAAGGCAAUGGCAUGAAGAUGCUCCAGGCUUCCUCCAUAUCCAGCAAGGGUAUUAGCAGCCCCUACAACGUGUCCAACCCAGGCUCCCGUUCGGGCUCCAGGGCUGGCUCACUGGCCACCUCUCGUACAGGGUCCAGGAGUGGCUCCCGCAGGGGCAGUGUGGAUUACUCCUCCAGCUACAGCACCUUCACCACUUCUGCCUCCACCACCUUAAAUUCCAACUCAAAGUUCUAA